AUGGCUGAAGAUGAUGCGAUCGAGUCGGUUCGACGCACCUCAAGUGGGACAGGGGCUCUCCGUCUGACUUCUCCCAAGUCCAGUAUCAACACAGGCCAAAAACAGUCUUCGGCUUUGAGCGAGAAAACACACGAUAUCGAUGAUGAGGAGAGAGCACGACGGAUCGCUGAGGUCGACUUGGACCAGCAUCACAAACAGGCCUAUCGCGGACCUCUACUGUUGUGGCUGUCUUUCCAGAGCAUCGGUGUCAUCUACGGGGACAUUGGAACUUCUCCUCUCUAUGUUUACUCAUCAACCUUCACCAGUCAACCUAGCUGGGACGAUCUCGUCGGUGCGCUGUCGAUUAUCAUCUGGUCUCUCACUCUCAUCGUCACCGUCAAAUACUGCUUCAUCGUCCUCGCAGCUGACGAUGAUGGCCAAGGAGGUACCUUCGCCCUGUACAGCUUGCUGUCACGAUACACCAACAUUGCAAAACAAGAUCCUCAUGGUCAGGGUGGAAUGCGCAAGAUGGAUCGCUAUGAGACAAACGAUCUGAAGCCCAUCAACAGGGGACUAAGAAGCUUCCUUGAAAACUCCUCCACGGCUCAGUUCGCCUUGAAGGUCAUCGGUGUCAUUGGUGUGUCACUUGUUCUCGCGGACGGUGUUCUGACGCCGGCCCAGUCGGUGCUUGGUGCUAUCCAAGGCAUCCGAGUUGCGAAUCCCGCACUAGGAACACCGGCUGUCGUUGGCAUCUCUUGUGCGAUACUGGUGUUCCUGUUUUGCAUCCAGCCAUUUGGGACCUCCAAACUCGGCACAGCUUUUGCGCCGAUUGUCACAAUUUGGUUGCUCUUCAACCUCAGCUCGGGGAUAUACAACCUUGCACUCUACGAUCACACAGUGCUGAAGGCCUUCAGUCCAUAUUUUGCCUUUGCCUACCUCACCAGAAAUGGAUUCGAAGGCUGGAAGUCACUCGGUGGUCUGCUUUUAGCCUUCACUGGUGUUGAAGCUCUCUUCGCAGAUUUGGGUGCAUUCAGUCGCAAGGCUGUGCAAAUGUCUUGGCUUUGUCUGGCAUUUCCUUGUCUCAUCUUGGCGUAUGCGGGUCAAGCAGCCUAUAUUUCCAUGGAUGCAACCGAGACAGCAUACUCCAACCCCUUCUUCUACACUGUUCCGCCAGGAACCCUCUACUUCAGCUUGGUUCUUGCAGUUCUUGCGGCAAUCGUAGCUUCGCAGGCCAUGAUCACAUCCAGCUUCCAGCUCCUUUCGCAAGUCAUGCGUCUGUCAUAUUUUCCCCACGUCAAGACCGUCCACACGAGCAGUCGAUUUCACGACCAAAUAUACAUCCCCAUGGCCAACUGGUUGCUGAUGAUCGGUACUAUCAUUGUGACAGCUGUCUAUAACAAUACAACUUCUCUCGGCAAUGCUUAUGGUGUCUGCGUCAUUCUCGUCACCUUUAUCACCACGUGCAUGCUUGCGUUGGUCGCAAUUUUGAUCUGGAGGACACCAUUCUAUCUGAUCCUGCCAGUAUUCCUCAUAUUUGUUUCUCUCGAUGGAGCAUUCACGUCAUCAGUACUCGUCAAAGUACCUGAUGGUGCCUGGUUCACAAUCUUACUCGCCGCCAUCCUCUCCUCGAUAUUUGUCCUCUGGCGCUACGGUAAGGAAUCUCAAUGGGCCGCCGAGUCACUCGGCAGACUCGCCCCAAGCAGUCUAAUCCGCUCCACCGAAUCAACCCCCUAUCUCACCGUCGGGUACGGCGGUUCCCGCAUCAGCACCGUCGACGGCCUCGGCAUCUUCUUUGACAAGACAGGCGACUGGAACGUACUGCCAGUGUCGUUCACGCAAUUCCUCAUCAAAUUCGCCGCCCGGCCCCGCAUACUCCUCUUCUUCCACAUGCGUCCGCUACCCGUCCCCUCGGUGCCCAUGGACGAGCGUUAUGUCAUCAGGCAGAUCGAUGGUGUAGGACCGGGCUGCUACGCCGUGGUCCUUCGGCAUGGGUAUGCCGAUGAUGUGAUUCGGCCCGGGCUCGCGCGGGAACUGGUCGCUCAGGUUGAACUGUUGAUCUCGUCUCGUCGGGGCACCGAGGCGCCCGAACUGGAGGCGCUAAGGGUAGCGUGCGAUGCGCAGACGGUGUACGUGUUGGGCAAGGAGACGAUGCGUAUCAAGAAUGCGGAUGGGAUCGGUGCCUUUUUCAGACGGGUGCUACUGGGUACUUUCUUGUGGCUUAGGGAGAACACAAGAACUAAAUUGGCGGAUCUGGAUAUUGAUGCGGAUAAGUUGAUUGAGGUUGGGUUUGUCAAGGAGAUUUAA